AUGCCAACAACGAAUUUAACUGGGUGGACUUUAGCGUUUUCUGAUGAUUUUUCUGGCUCAUCUCUUCAUUACCCGAGUUGGUUCAAAUAUGGUGGCACUUUAUGGGAUGGAUCUCAUGUUGUUGUUGAAAAUGGUUUACUUGAAUUACAGAGUUACCGCGAUCCAAAGUUUAAUAACACAUGGAAAUCUGGGGGAGUAUCGACAAUUCAAGGCUAUGGUUCGAACUCAACAUACGGAAAAUAUUUAGUUCGACAACGCGUUGAUCCUGGUUACGGAAUUGCCGCUAUAGCCUUAUUAUGGCCAUCAGAUAAUUCAUGGCCACCCGAAAUCGAUUUUUAUGAAGAUGGUGGUGGUUCUGUAUUCGACAACGCAACAUUUCAUUUUACUAGUAAAAAUAAUCAAACAACACAGUAUCUUCGAAAUGUUAAUUUUACUCAGUGGCAUACGAUGGGUGUUGAAUGGACGCCAGGCAAAUUAGUAUACACCAUCGAUGAUCAGGUAUGGGGUACUGUUCAAUCAAAUUAUGUGCCAAAUAUUUCGAUGGGACUUGCAUUACAAACGCAAGCGGGAACAACGAGUAGUAAUUGGAAUCCAAUUCCAAAUAAUAGUACACCAUCAAUGGUACAAAUGCAAGUUGAUUGGGUUGUCAUUUAUGCAUGGAAUCCUCAACAGACUUCAUAA